CUUCAGUCUAAGGCUGCCAUCACUGAAGGCGUUUGUGGUGAUGUCAAAAUGAGUGGGUUCUGUACAAAACAAAGUAAUCAGCAAUUGGAUCAUCUCUAACCCAUCAGAGUUUCAAAGCCAAUGACAAAUUUUCAAAAUGCCGCUUUAGCAAUGCGUAUUCUGUCUCUGGCCCAACCCAUCAGUUUCUGCGACCAAUCAGACUGAAUGGAUUUCCAUCCUGACUCAUUACAUGGGCGUGGCGUAGCACUUAACUGGAGCAAGGAGUUUGGGUAACAAGGCAAGUUUUCCACAUAACACAUUUGAAAUGUAUUUAGGAACUACACAUACACUCCAAACUAGUCCAACCAACUGUAUAAACGUAUAGAAACACACAGGGAUCAAAGGGAAGUGAAACGGCGGGGAGGGUCUUUGGAGACAGGAAGUAAAACUAGGUCGUCUUGAGGUGAUGGAAUGCUUCUGUAUUUCAUGGUAAUAUAUGCUGGAGGGAGAGACACACAACUUGUGAGUCUGUUGUCUACUGAUUAUGGUCUAAGAAGUAUAUACUCACAAGACUGGUGGAACAUAAGAAGCUUGAGAAGAAAUUGGACCAAACUUUGUGCUAAUUGGAAUCAAAUAAGUGGCAUUUGUCACCUCUUCCUCCAGAAAUUAACUGACAUUUUUUAAUUUAACCUUUAUUUAAAAACCUUUAUUUAAAAAGGAAAAGACCGUUGAGUUUAGAAACACCAUUUUGCGAGGGGGAACUGGCAUCAAGAGCCUAUUGAUCAAAAUGAAGAUAACCAUGCCGGAAAUACGCAAUGGGACUACAUAUUCACAACCAAGUAUUUUUCUGUGCACUCUUAUAUGUUGCUGGAUCCUUGUAAAUCCAUUAAGUGGCUAUUCAUUGAAAAAAUGCACAGUCCGUGAAUCUCUCAAUGAUACCAACAUGAAAGUAAUCUGUGGAAAGAAGAACCUCCAAACCAUACCAGAAGACGUUCCAAGAAAAGUAAGAUCUUUAGACCUUUCCAUCAACAACAUUGUGGUGAUCAAAACAUUUGAUUUCAAAGAUCUCUCAGCCCUCCAAUCUUUAAACACUUCCUGCAACCGGAUGUCUCAUGUGGACGAUGGGGCUUUUUCAGACCUGGUCGUUCUUCAGGAGCUGAAUCUUGCCAAUAACAGACUCAACACCCUCUCAGACCACCUGUUUCAGGGCCUAGGCAACCUCUCUGUGCUUCGACUAGACUACAACCACAUCAAAAUCAUUUCAUCCUUUACCUUUCAGAAUCUCUCCAGCUUAAAUGUAUUAAACUUACCCGGCAACCAACUUAAUGUUCUAAAGAAGGUUCAGACAAUCUUGCUAUUCACACACCUGCAGGAGUUGUACAUUGCAAGCAACGGAUUUACCUUUUUCCAGUCACAGGACAUAUCAAAUAAGUCCAUAGGACUGAGAGUGCUGGAUGUAUCCCAAAUCCAAUGAGAAUCUUCAAGAUCACAGCUGAUGUUCUUCCUAAACUCCACUAUUUAAACCUCUCUGACUCUGGUCAAAAUGGAAGCAUGACAUGGGAUGUACCAGACAGAUAUUUUCUGAGUCAUAUGAAAAGUCUCAAUUUGAGCGGUGUCCACAUGUCUUUGAAGGAAAUGAGUGUGGUACUGCAGAGCCUCAACUCAUCAUUAACAUCUCUCAUACUGUCUCAUUUAGGGGAAGAUAGGAUCUCGGCUCUCUCCAAUAUUGACUGCCAUAUUGCUACACUGACAACACUCAGUCUGCGUUAUAACAACAUGAGUUUUGUCUCUGAGGGACUGCUUAAGUCCUGCACAUACUUGAUUAAGUUGGAUAUAUCCCAUAAUGCUCUUACUCAUCUGUCUCAUCAGUCAUUCAGCUCAAUGAAGCAACUGACUACUCUAGAUCUAAGUAACAAUAUGAUUUCUUCUGUGCCAAAUGCCACUCAUAAUAUCCAAUCUCUGACAAUCUUGGAUCUCAGAUACAAUACAAUCAAUAAACUAGACUCAUUUGAUUUUGCCAAUCUGACAGGACUAACAUACAGGACUAACAACAUAUUUUCCACAAUGAAAUCACUGACAUUAAAGGCAAUGUUUUUCCAGAUUUGCAGGACUUAAAACUCCUAGAUCUGGGAAGAAACAGUAUCCCAUCUUUACGUUAUGUUUUUAAGAAUUGUUUGCAAAAACUAGAAAACUUGCAAUUGGGAGGCAAUAUGCUAAGAUCUAUCCAUAAAGGAGACUUUGAAAGCUUACAAUCCCUCAAAACUUUGAUUUUAUUUGACAACCAAAUUGACACUGUGGAAGAUGGGGCCUUUCAGGGUUUGGUCAAUCUUAAAAUGCUUCAUUCGGAAUUGAAUAGAUUGAGUAAAAUAAACAUUAGGGCCACUAUGUUCAGAGGAUGUUCAGCCUUAGAAAAACUUGAUUUGAGUUGGAAUCGUAUGAAAUAUCUACAUUAUGGUGAACUUAAAUCCCCACCCUUUUCUCUUCUGCCGUCUCUAAAGAUCCUGAUCAUCUCCAGUCAGCAUCCCUUUGGAAUGUUGAAUAUACCAGCUAACUUUCUUAAAGAUCUGAAAUAUUUAUUGGCAUUCAGCGCAAGGAGUCUUAACAUUAAGUCCUUUCACCCAAACACAUUCAUCUACACACCACAGUUGUGGUCCCUUGACAUCAGCCUGAAUGAGUUCACAGCCCUGAGCACGGAGUUGUUUCACCCGAUCCCACGACUCAACAGGCUUGACCUGUCUAAAGCCCAACUUCAGUCUUUAGAUUUUCUCAUAGGAGACAAACUCACUCAACUCAGUUACUUACAGGUGAGAAAGAAUGACUUUACAGUAGUCAGUGAUACAAUGAUACGUUCUUUAACUGCUUUAGUUUACUUGGACCUGCAAGACAAGACUUUCACCUGUGACUGCAGCAAUGCUUGGUUUAUCCAGUGGGUGACAACAGAAACCAAACACAGGUUGUUGAUGCCUAUGACUUUACCUGCAACUAUCCGGUUCAUCUAGGAGGUACCAAACUGUUGGACCUUGACACCCACUACUGUUCAGUAGAUAUAAGAUUCUUCUACUUCAUCCCCUCCACUUCUCUGGUCCUCUUAACCUUGCUGGGGUCUUUUAUCUACCAUCUCCUGAGAUGGCAGAUGGUCUACACCUACUAUCUCUUUCAGGCUUAUCUCUAUGACACAAAGCGGAGGAACGUCCGUGUGACUCAUCAGUAUGAUGCCUUCGUCUCCUACAAUGGCCAAGAUGAGCCCUGGGUCCUGAGGGAACUUAUGCCAGAGCUGGAGGGAAACCAAGGCUGGAAGCUGUGUCUACAUCACCGUGACUUCCAGCCAGGCAAAUCCAUCGUAGACAACAUCACAGACGCCAUCUACGGGAGCCGCAAGACCAUCUGCGUGACCAGCCGUCGCUACCUGGAGAGUGAGUGGUGCCCCCGGGUGAUCCAGGUGGCCAGCUUCCGUCUGUUUGAUGAGCAGAAGGGUUUUCUGAUCCUGGUGUUUCUGGAGGAGGUCCCAGACCAGCAGCUCUCCCCCUUCCACCGGAUGAGAAAGCUGGUGAAGAGACGUACCUACCUGAGCUGGCCCAUAGCUGGGGAGCACACUGGAGUCUUCUGGCAGAAACUCCGGGUGGCUCUGGAGACCAGGGACUGCCUUGCUGAGGAGAACCCCAUCCUGUCCGGGGUGGAUAGAAAAUGUUAAUGACACACUAAAUGUAACGGCAAAGAAAUAUAGUUUAAAAAAAAAACAUGAUAAAAAGAUCCCAAUCAACCGUCAGACUUUGUUCUAGAUUUACCCUACUGAAUAUAAUUGACAAAUGGCAAUGUUUGAAAUCAGAAAUGUAGUUUAUGCAAUUCCACAAUAAACUUUAUGAUGAAAUGUAAAAUUAAAUGUGUUAUGAAAUAUAUUAUGUGUGCUAUUUGAUGAUGAAUUUAUGAUGAAAUGUUUGACUUAUUUACUUGUUAUAUUCUCCUAGUUCUCUAGCUUUCUGGAACUUUAAAAUGUUAGGUUUUAGGUGUAAGAGUUACGAUUCUUGAAAUUGUUAAGUGUAAGUGAAAGCUUUAUAUAACCACCUUUUGUAUCUUUGUGAUGAAAAACACUUUGAAAAUAAAAUGUCAAUUUGU